UCCUGAGUAUGUGAUUGGCUGGUGUAUAUCACAUGUCACUGUAGCCGGAAGAGAAGCAGCGCCGAGAAGGAAGGAAAUUAGAGCAGUAUGUCCGAGCUGAGUGAUGAGUCAAGUGAGACAGAGCUUUUGAAUCGCAGCCUGUCCAUGUGGCAUGGCUUUGAGCAGCUAGUUGGCUGUGAGGACCUGGAUGUCCCAUUAGACCUUCACACGGCCUCAUCAAUUGGACAAUAUGAUGUGGUGAAACAAUGCAUCCAGAGUGGAAAAAUAAACCCAAAUCAGAAGAACCGAGGAGGCUGGACACCUUUAAUGUAUGCAUCAUAUAUUGGUCAUGAUACCGUUGUUCAUCUCUUGCUGGAGGCAGGAGUGGAUGUCAACAUGACAACAGAGAAAGGGCAGAGUGCACUGAUGUUGGCAGCGAGCUGUGGCAAUGAGAGCAUUGCCUACUUCUUGCUUCAGCAAGGGGCUGAACUGGAAUUGAAGGAUCACAGAGGCUGGACUGCACUGUUCCACUGCACGAGCACAGGACACCAGCAAAUGGUGAAGUUUCUUCUGGAUAAUGGUGCUGAUGCAAAUCUGAAAGAGCCUGUGUAUGGAUUUACACCUCUGAUGGAAGCUGCUGCCUCUGGUCAUGAGAUCAUAGUCCAAUACCUCUUGAACCAUGAUGUCCAGGUUGAUGUGAAGGAUAAAACUGGGGACACAGCUCGUUCUUUGGCACUAAUGUAUGGGUAUAUGAAGAUUGCCAGUCUCAUUGACCUGCAUACAGCCCCAGUAUCUAAAUCAGUCCGGAGGGACACAGGAAUAGACGAAGAUUUCAGCUCCUCUGAUGAAUCCUGUUCAUUCCAACCACAUCACCCACACAGUCGUCAUCCACAUUCCCGAAGAAACAAGGGGCCCAGUAUUCAUGAUGGACCACAAGCACUAGCCCACAUCACAAGCCAUCAAACCAAGAGAUGGCCACAGCAGUAUGAAUCUGUCCCACCACAAGGGUAUGUCACAUUCAAGAACAACCAGGAUGAAGAUGAAGAGGAUAUCCGGAAUCGUGAUGUCACCUCCCCAAUUAAUGAGCAGGACAUAGAGAGCAACAGCAGUAGAGAGGAAAAUCCUUUCUGUAUCACUGAUACUGUGACCACUCGCAAGAGCAGCGACAGCAGUGGUGAAGGGCUGGCAAAGCCAUUGGGUGUUAGUCGUGAGGGAUCCCUGGAGAGUAAUGAGGAUUCGGAUCAGUCCAGUAAAUCCUCUAUCAGGAAACAGAGGAUUCGCAGAGGUCAUAGCCGGAGCACAGAGAGCACCCACUCAGGAGGCAGUGACAUUUACGCAAUUCCCAGUUCACAGAUACAGAUUCCGAAUAAGGUGGUGGUGGAAUAUCAAGGGCCAAAGGACUUGCCAGAAUUUCUAGAACAGAUCGGUUGCUUGAAGUAUCUGCACAUCCUUGAGGAGCAGGACGUGGACUUGCGAAUAUUCCUGACUCUGACAGAAGCUGAUCUGAAAGAAGUAGGCAUUACGUUGUUUGGACCUAAGAGGAAGAUGACAGCUGCGAUUGCCCGCUGGCACAGUAACGCCCUGCCUCUGAGUAACACCUUAGAACAGGUCUAUGCUGACCGUCUGGAGUCAGAAAUGCAGGAAAUGGCCAUUCAACUUCAUAAGAAGUAUGAGGAAGUGGAAUUGCUGAAGGGACGAGUGUCACAGGAACAGGAGCUGAGAGCUGUGGUUGAAGGAUUUUUAAUGGAGGAUAAAAUUGCCUGGAAACAACAACAGAAACAAAUUGAAGAUACACAGAGAGUUUGUCGAGAAUUAGCGAUCAUCCUUGAACAAAUCAAGGCUUGCCAGUGUGAACUAUCGGCCCGAUUUAAAGAUGGAGUGGCACAGAGGAGGAAGGCAGACCUAAAGAAACAACCAAGCAGCGUAAAGGAAGAAGGCCUUGCUAAUUGGAAAUCUGUUCUAGGAUCUCUGAAUAUAUCGGAAUUGAGUGCUACUCUUAAAGACUGUACAGGAGAGAUGGGCAAAACUAUACAAAUAGUUGAACAGAAUCUGGAAAACCUGAUAAAUUCAGACAAAGGAAGCCUGGAGUGGAGACAGAAUGCUGAUAUCUGACACGGACUCGACACUGUCAAAUGUCUAAAGGAUUCAUGGAAUCCAGUAUUAGCUAACUGGACGGAGGGUGAAAGUGCCACCCGAAGAAAAGCAGCCUUUCUCUGUUAGUUUCUAGGCCUCAGGCCUCUACAAGACCCAGGCUGACUCGGGGAUGAAGAGUAGGAAAGACAAACAGCUCAGCCCUGUACAGGCCCUAGUGAAGUGCAGAACCUGAGCAGUUAUUUUGAUGCACUGGUGAGAGAAGGAGACGUUUGAGCUCAGUACUGAGCAACCCAUCACCAUUCUGAUGAGAUGUGCCUCUCUGGUUGACUGGACCCUGGAGGUGAUGCUUGUUUGCCCAUUAUGUCACUCUUUGGUGACUCAUCUCAAUGUUAUUUCCUGUCAACAUCUGUCCAGCUGAACAAGUGCAUUCUGAUCCUCUGAAAACUGAUUACUCCAGCGUUAGGGCAGCCAGGUUAGACACAGAUCCUUUCUUCACAGUCUCAAUGUAACUGGAAAUAUGUUAAUCAAAAGUUGCAGUGGUGACGUGGAAUUGUAUAUGACGGAGUAUGUGCUUAAAACUGAAACUAUUUGGCCAGCAGUGAUCAACGACGUAAAACCAACCUUUACGUGUCCAUAGGGGAAUUAGAAGGCUAUUACUUAACUUUCAGCAGAAACCAAUAUUUGAAUGUGAACAGUGACCAUAUGAAGAUCAGGUCCUGGGCUAAUGAACUGUGAGAGAGUGAGGACUGAAGAAGGGCUUAUGCCCGAAACAUCAAUUCUCCUGCUCCUUGGAUGCUGCCUGAGCUGCUGCGCUUUUCCAGCAACACAUUUUUCAGCUAAUGAACUGUGACCUGUUAUAGAGCUCAGGCCCUUGGCUGAUGAACUGUGACCUCAUAGACAGCAGGAUAUUGUUUGAUGAGUGUGUGUCCUGUACUGUAUAGAAAACACUUGUCCAAAGAAUAAACCAGAGGUCUAUGUGA